AGGCAUUUGUUGUGGCUCGGACGAGGCUCCCGAGCGUGCCAGCCUGUCUGGGGCCCCGCGCUCACACCGUCGCGCGCAUGGCGCCGGCCCGCGCGGCUCUCCUCGCGCUGCUCGCCGCGGGCCUCGGGGCCCCCGCGGCGCCAGAGGCGGCCGCCCCGAGCUGCGAGGCCGACGAGGACGAUGGCGUGGCGGCGGUCCAGCUGCACAGCCGCCGGAAGGGGAAGGGCAGCGCCUCGCGGCCGCGGCAGCAAGCGAAUGUUCUGCCUCCGGCAGGGGCGAUGGCGGGCGGACCCCGUGAGAGGGCCACCGCCUCUCCUCUGGCAAAGGCGGCAGCCCUGGAGUGGUACGACCCCAUGGACCCCGCCUACAUUGCGGAGAUCGAGCGCGAGCUCUCGCUAGUGGCUGGGCGGGGAUCCGGCGCGCAGCCCGGCUCCCUGAGCCCGUUCGAGGGCCAGGGCGUUCAGGAGCCUCCCCAGGUGGCGGGCGACGAGGCCGUGUACCAGACGAAGUCUCAGUGGAACGGUGCGGACAUGGCCGCGAUGAACGCGGAGCCGCUGAACACUCCAGUGGAGGUCAGCGCCGUCGACGGCCUGCUCGAGACCACGAUCGAGCUGACCUGGGGCUGGAUCGAGCUGCCUGCCAUGGGCAUCCGCGUGAGGACGCGCCUGUACAAUGGAACAUAUCCUGGGCCCACGCUGCGCGUAAUGCGGGGCGACCGCGUGAUCGUCCACCUGGUCAACAGCCUGGGGCCCGACGUGCCCGACGACACCUACUUUCAGAGGCGCGAGGGCCAAGGGAACCCAGAGAAUCCCAUGGGCGCCCCGGUCGGCGAGUGGUACUACCAGAACGUCGGCCAGGACCCCCACGACCCGACCAUGAUGAAGGCGCACGAGAACAACUUCCACACGCCGAAUGCCACCAACCUGCACGUGCACGGCUGGCACGUGUCCGGGCUCCUCCCCCAGGACGAAGUCCUCACGACAAGGAUCGAGCCGGGCACGACAUACACGUACAAUUACGAGCUCUCGCCGUACCAUUCCUCAGGCACCAGUUGGUACCAUGGGCACCUGCACGGAACCACCAUGCUCCAGACUGGUGGCGGGAUGAUCGGCGCUUUGAUCAUCGACGAUUCUCCUGGUGAGGCGCCUGAUUGGAUUUCCUCGAUGCCGGAACAGGUGGUCAUCAUUCACGAGGCGCAGUGGGGAUAUUUCGGCCCUUCGUUCCUCAAAUACGCCCCCCAGGAUCAGAAUAUGGCAUGUUUCCCGUUCAACAGCAGAUACACAGCUCUAUGCGGGGUGGCUAUCCGGGCAGGCCUGGUGGCCAAUGCCUCUGGCGACAGGCUGUAUAAGAUGGAGUAUGCGAACGGCUUUGGAUACAAGCAGGGCGAGAUCAAUCCUAUCGGAUCCGCGUUCACAGUGAAUGGCCAAUAUUCACCUACCAUGAAGAUUCAUCAGGGCAAGUGGUAUCGCAUGCGCUUCAUAAUGGCUGGCGAUAACUUCCCCGUCAACGUCGUGUUCAACAGGACCGCCGACGGCAGGGAGGCGCCCUGCGAGAUGAGGCUGAUCGCAAAGGACAGCGCCUGGCUCAAGAAGUACCCGAGGGAGAUCCGGCGGGGACUGUUCCUGGGCGCAGGGUCUCGGUGCCAGGUCAUCAUGCGCUGCUGGGAGGAGGGCUCCUUCCAGCUGCGAAACAACGUCCCCCAGUCCGCCUACAGCCCCAGCGACAUAGGCGGGAAGCAGACCCUGCUGUACGUCACGGUGGAGGCGCCGCCCGGGGGCUCCGCGGCCCUCGAGGAGCCGGAGGUGACGGUCUAUUCCCCCCCGCGGUACCUGCACAGCCUCCUGGCUCUCACCCCCGAGGAUCGGCUCUACGCGCCCCGGGCCGAGCCCUCGGUCAACUGGGAGAACGGCAGGCCGCUGGAGGCCAACGUCCCCGACGUCCAGGCCGACGGCAAGACCAUGACGAACGAGUUCGGAGCGGUAAGUCCGUUCGGCAGUCCGACGGGCGAUCCGAUCGCGCCCUCCGCGUACGUGCUGCAGCCCAUCCGCUACUCGAUCCAGAACAAGACGUUCCACGGGGCCCACCCGUUCGCGUCCUUCCCGGUGGGGGAGGUCGUCCAGGUGCAGAUGCUCGGCAUCGACGGGCACUCCUGGCACAUGCACGUCAAUCCUGCGGAGGUGUACUCCUACGGCUUCGCGGACUACUACGAGCUCUGGGGGGGCUACUUCGACGUUGGCGAUUUCCAGGACGUGUUCCAGUUGCCGUUCGGAGAUUGGCCAGAUCACAUGCCGCUCAUGCAGUUACCUGGAUCAGAUUUCAACGCGACGGUGAGGUUUCAGACGGAUUGCUACUCUGGCGCUUUGGUCAUGCAUUGCCAUGUUCUUUACCACGAAGACUUGGGCAUGAUGACUUGGUUCAACAUGACUGGAGAAGACCACACGGUCAACAGCAAGUUCGAUAACGAGGGGAUCUACAAGGAAGCGCCGCCACAGUGCAUGAAAGACGGCCACAAGUGCGCCCCAGCGUAUUGCACGGACUAUAAGUAUGGCUCCCCGGCAUCUCACGACGUUAUUGUGGGGGCGCGGGCGACGGCGUCGAAGCUUGGCCCAGCAGAGCCGUUUGGCGUUGUUCGGGCUAGCGCUCCCUGCAGCGCUUGCCGAUUCGCAGUUGGUAUCAUUGCAGCGCUGGGUUUGACCUGUUGUUUCGAAUUCUGACAAUACCACGUGUCUCGCAUCUUCACCACAGGGUGGCACCUGUAAUUGUCUCAUUUGCUGUCCCCUGCUGGAGCGCAACUUACGUGUUAUGUGAUCUGACAGGGGUCGCUCUUGGCACAUACAAAUCAGGAGAGAAACCUUCAGGAGAGCGCGCGCGCGCGCUCUCUCUCUCUCUCUCUCUCUCUCUCUCUCUCCUGGGAGUACUCGACGACCAGAACGCCUGGCAUGAUGAAGCUCAGGAAGUCGACCAGGCCCUUCGGGAUAGCAGGGCGAGCAUCUGGCAAAUUGCACCACCACCGCCGCAGUGUGCGCAAAGGCUGCUCGACGCACUCUUUACGGGAGGCCGACAGGUUCUGGUUAAAGAGAGCCCCCUGCCCACUUGGGGCAGAAUGGCCGCGUUGGUACUCGGCCCCAGCGGCAGUGCACCUGGGGUUGACGGGGAACCUUACGAGGUAUACCACCCCGGGCCGACCUUUGUCGCACGCCCGCUAGCCAGCGCCUGGUACGCAGCCGAGAACAACCACGCUCUCAUGGACGCCGUCCUGGGCCCGUCGGUCGACCAUGUGGCCUGGGCUUUAAAAGACUCCCAGCGCGGAGAGACCAAUCGACCUGCGACUAGUGCAGCUUCCCACUUGCAUGCGGAGGCUGUUCGGAGCCUCCCUUGCGGACCCGAUUGAGCCGCCUGUCGAGCCGGAGCUACUCCUGGAUCAGAGGUCCCGCCCUCUUGGCUCUUCGCGUGUCUCCGCCAGCUCACCCAGACACGCUGCCCAUGCGAGACUGUUGGCGGGGGGUACGCGCGCGGGCCGGAGAGCACGACGGACCAUGUGUUGCUGCAGAGCCCCUUCCCACAGCGGGGCGAGCAUCGGUCGUGAGAGGCUCUUUUGAUGCGCAGUUUUUUUUUUGUUUCCGAGUGGCCGCGCUCGGAUCGUCCAGGUAGGCCCUAACGGUGCCACCUGCGAGGAGAUCUGCGCGGCCUCCUGAAUGUAUAGCUCAGGCUGGCUGGUUUCGCAGAAGCAGGCGUGAUGCUUCUCCUCCUGUUCUCUCCUCC